CCCGGGGCGGGGCCCAGCGGUGACAUUGAGCGGAGCCCGGCGGGGCCGAAGCAGCGCCAUGUGGGGCCGCGCCGAUAGGGCUGUUAAACUGCUGGGAAGAAAUAUUCCCUCAGUUCUGAGGAUGACUGAGGGAGUGGACCCAAAGAUAAGCAGAAGGCUGUGCAUUAAACCCCAGCAAGACCGUCAGUCAAAGAGUCGAUCUGCUUCGGGGGUGCCUGGAUACAAGCCUACAGACUGGGAGAGAAAGUUUUUGUUGUGGGCAGGCCACUACAAAAAGCCAGAGGAUAUACCAGAGAUUGUCUCGCUUGAGACAGUGAGAGCAGCAAAGAGCACCCUGCGUGUGAGGUUCAGCUAUGUCAUGAUUGCCUUGACAAUAGUGGGAUGCAUCACCAUGGUGAUCAGAGGGAAGCAGGCUAUGAAAAGACAUGAAUCUCUUACAUCCAUAAAUUUGGAGAAGAAAGCCCAGUUGAGAGCGGAAGGUGCAUCUUCUAAACCAUAGAAGAAAUGAAGAAAUCAAGGACUGGGAUAGAAAAGCAAAGUCCUUUUCAGUACUGAGAGGAGGAUAUCAUCACAUCUUUUCUUUGUCAGAGUGUAUCUUAGUUCUGUACACUCAUGUUCAAGAAAGAAUUAUUGUUGUCCUGCGUUCAAUAAAACCAUAAAUACCUAU